AGUCCAGCAGCCGCUGCUGCCUGGAAAAGGUGAAAGGAUAAGGGUGUUAUCUCUGAAGCUGGGUCACUGUGUGUGUUAGCACAGGAUUUCAGACCACUAAACACAUUUCCGACUCAUUAUCAUGGAGAUGUUCUCGAGGUGAUAAGGUUGAUAUUUGGUAGCUGAUUGUCAUCACUUUUUGUUGCCUGAUUGACAGCCUGUGGCCUUUACUGUUCUCUGGCCACCCCCCACAAAUCUCUUCGGUAAUCAUAGGGCAGAACCGCCAUCGCCAUGGACACAGACUCCGUCCACUCAGGCCACUCCCACCACUCACGAGGGUCAAACAGACACAGUGAGCGCAGCAGAGAGCGACACAAACCACGCAGCCGCGAUGGCAGCAACCGCUCCGACAAAAAUGUCACCAUCAGCACUGCGUCCGCACACUCAGCAGGAGCAGAGCAGACCCCCCCCACCACAGAGCCACAGGAUGACAACUGGGCUGAGACCACCACAGCAGUCACAGGCACUUCUGACCACAGCCUGUCUCAGGAGGACCUGGCAGGUUUUGGUAAAGACUCUGAAGCUCCUGUGCUGAAGCGAAGCUGGCUGGCCUUCCUGCCGCUGGCUCUCACUCUGUUUCUGGGUGUCCUGGUGCUGGUCACUCCACUGGCCUUCCUGCUGCUGCCCCAGCUGCUGUGGGCUGAGCGCCUGCAGGCAUGUGGGACGGCCUGUGAGGGCCUCUUCCUCUCUCUGGCCUUUAAGCUGCUGAUCCUGCUGCUGGCAGGCUGGGCGGUGUUUCUGCGGCGGCCGCGAGCUGCACUGCCCCGACUGGCCGUCUUUAAAGCCCUGCUGGCCCUCCUCACACUGCUGCUGCUGCUGUCCUAUUGGCUCUUCUUCGGAGUGCGCAUCCUCGAUUCACAGGAUGAGAAUUAUCAGGGUAUAGUUCAGUUUGCCGUGUCGCUGGUGGAUGCUCUGCUGUUCACACACUAUCUGGCUGUGGUGCUGCUGGAGGUUCGGCAGCUGCAGCCGUGUUUCAGCCUGUGUGUGAUUCGCUCUACUGACGGAGAGACAAGACACUACAACCUGGGACAGCUCAGUAUUCAGCGGGCAGCUCUGGUGGUCCUGGAGCACUAUUAUAAGGAUUUCUCUGUCCAUAACACUGCUCUGUUGACUGCUGCUAAGUCCAGGACAGCCAAACAUCUGGCAGCUCUAAAAGUUUACAAUGUGGACGGUCCUGGCAGUGAUGGUGCAGCAAGUCAGUCUCGAGCUAAAAUGGCAGCAGCUGCUCGACACAAAGACACCAGCCACAGCGAGCUUUACUAUGAGGAGGCUGACCAUGAGAGGAGAGUCCGCAAACGCAGAGCACGGCUGGUGGUGGCUGUAGAGGAGGCGUUCACACAUGUGCGACGGCUGCAAGAGGAGGAGAAGAAGAAGCCUCCGGGUGAUGUGAUGGACCCUCGUGAGGCAGCACAGGCCAUUUUCCCCUCGAUGGCCCGCGCGCUGCAGAAGUACCUGCGCACCACCCGCCAGCAACACUGCCACAGCAUGGACAGCAUCCAGAGCCACCUGGCCUUCUGCAUCACCAACAACAUGACCCCCAAGGCGUUUCUGGAGAGUUAUCUGACCCCAGGGCCAACCCUGCAGUAUGGGAAGGAGUGCUGGCAGGCCCUGCAGUGGAUGCUGGUCAGCGAGGCUGCGGUCACCAGCCCCCUGAGGGAUGGCACUGAGUUCCAACUGAAAAACCCUGACUUCAGCCUGGUGGUCAGCAGCAAGGCCAUCCCUCACCUCAAAAUUAGCGAGGAGUAUGUCCACCCCAAAUCACACAAAUUCGUCCUGCUGCUGCAGUCGGAGACGUCCGUCUGACUCUCUGCUCCAUCCGUUUACAUUUCUACACAAUAAACUUUGGAACGGGGAUUUUUCUGUUUUUAAUAAGUUUCCCCUACUUUUUUUCACUUUUUCACUUUUUACAAAUUACAUUUUACAUAUCAGACAUAUUUUGAUACGCAACAGUGUCUUUUUUUGUGAAACUGGAUUGUGAAAAACAGUUAAUGUAUAAGAAAGAUAUGCCUAGUAUUUGCAAGUGGGAGGGUGUAUAUGUGCGGUGUCAGUGUGUGAGUGUUUGUGAGAGUUGCGCAGUGUUUAAGAAAAAAACAACAAGCUUACUGUAUAUUAAGAGUGAGGGGUCAAACUAGUGUUAAGAUGAACUUAUUAUAAAUAGGAAGUGUUGUGUUACAUGCCACUUAAAAUGCCUGCCGAUCAAAGAAAAAUACAUUUGAGACUGAUAUUAAAGGAAUAUUACUGAAUUUUUU